AUGGAGCCUUUGGAUAUGCGUACCCUCGGCGAACGAGGGUCAGCUCCACACACUCCAUUACCUCGCCAAGUCAUCGACCACUUCCCGCCGCGCGAGAGCGAGUUGGAGAGGAGACUUAAGGAAGUCCUGGUGAAUGAACUGGACGCUACUUUGGGUGAUGAUCAUGCUCAAGAUGAAGGCGUCAAACGCUUUAAAGAAUUCCGAAGGAGGGUGAGAGCUCUGGAUGGGGAACUCCACCGCUUCCGGAACACCAUCUCCCAACUUAGCUCAUCUGUUGGCCUUCUUUCCUCUGCUGAAGAUCUCCGUAAAAGACUCCAGCAGCUCCUGAACUUGUUCCGCGAGAAUGCAGCGGAUAUAUUUCGCGAUGUUCGUAGAGAGUUUGGAGAUUUCUCUAUAAGAAAGCCCCAAGCAAACACCCGUGACGUUCCAACCCGCCCUUCCCGAAAGUUUCAUUCGGAAGGAGUGAUGAUUGGCGACCUUGAACAGAUACCAAACCAGCUUCACUUGUUAGCGCAGGAUUGGCGCACUUUCCUAGAAGCUCUAAACAGAAUCCCGGAGUUUCGUGACGAGGUUGUCAGUCCUUCCAUCCGGAGUUUCUAUCAUGAUUUAGAAUAUUGGUCUUUCAGCCUGAGGGAUUUUAAAGGUAUUAUCAGUCUGUUCGUAUCAUGCUGGUCACUAGAACUGGAUGUUUAG